AAGCUAACCAUUAGCACAUAAAUUGUAACAUAAUAAUAUUAUAUUUAAUCAAAGAGAAAGAUUAAUUAAAUACUGGAAGUAUUUUCAAUCUAGUAUUCAUCUAUUUCAUAACAGUAAUUUUUGAGUCGGGCAGGGAAUCGAACCCAGGACCGUACCCCAACAAGCUAACAAUUAGCAUAUAAAUAACCUAUUAUAAUAAUCAAAGAAAAAGUUUAAUUUAAUGCUGGAAGUAUUCUCACCUAUGUAUGUAUGAAUAAAUAUAAAAGUACUUACAUUAUCUUUGAUUGAUUGAGAAGAUUUGCACUUUGGAUAAUCUACCAGAAGGCACCAGGUUCCUUGCUUCAGGAUAACACAAUGAUGCACUAAUAUCCCCCUCAAAUGCUUAAAUAAUGCGAAAAUGAUUUGUCAUGAAAAAUCCCUUCCUUCACCAAAAGGUUCCUUCACACUAUCACUCGCUUUAAUAAUAACUUGCGGUACGCUCCGGCUUUGCCCGUGGCGUACCGCUAUUAUAUUGUGUAUUUAUAUAGCCUAUAAAUAUAGCCUAUGUUACUCAGGUUGAAUGUAGCUUUCCAAUGAUGAAAGAAAUUUUGAAAUAGCACAGUACAGUAGUUUUGAGUUUAUUCAUUACAAACAUACAUACAAAAAUACAAAUCUUUCCUCUUUAUAAUAGUAGUGUAGAUUAAGAUGAUUGUUGAUACAAAUAAAUGAAUUGAGAUUCUCGAGAUCGUUAUCUGCAAAAUUGUAAUUCAUUAUAAAGCAGCAUGAUUGUCUAUGGCGCCUUCUUACUUGGUCACACUUUACUAUUAACAUAGAAUUUUCAAACACUCAUUUAUUUGAAAAAAAGUAUCGUUUAUAAGUUAUGAGGGAGCAAAUGAACAGAAUAUGUAUAUUAUGAUGUCAGGGAUAGUGUGCGAGAGCCUUAAUGUUAGACUUAUAAUAUUGCUUACAAAGCACAUUAGCUAUACGAGCCAGCCGCCGCGUCUUCAUGUCUGGAGGAUUCCUAUUUCACAUUCCAUGCCCAUUUAAGAAAACCAUCAUUGAUUAAUAAAACCUAUGAUUUUGAACUUUAAUAACAAUUUCAAAAAAUAUAUAAAUUUCGUAAAAACUUGACAAAUAAAUCAGAUUGCAUUAGGCAUCUGAACUGAAGAGUAAAAGCGCAGCGAACAAUAUGUCGGAUUCAAAUGAUCUUUUCAACUUUCCACCGAAUGCGAGCCUCGCUCAACGGGUCAGUAAUUACUAUCAAAGGGAAAACAAUAACGGAUCAGACCUCGUCCUACAGACCACUCCUAAAAAGAAAAAAACCAGUGUGAUGUAUUCAUAUAUAAAAGUCCCGAGAAAUGGAGCCAAGAUAAUCAGACUUGAAAUAUUUGAUGCAGAAAAACUACGAAAUACAAUGUUGUGUGAAUGUGAUGCAAACGUUUGUGUACAAUAUGUCGUCGACAGUGAAAAUUUACUUUUUGAUGAAAUUUAUAAUGGUGCUCACAACCUCAUUGCAAAAAUUCAACGAAAUAUGUCCAACCUUGACGGUUCUACUGAUGUAUAAUUUUGUUUUAGUAUUAAUUAUUGUAUUAUAUUAUAUUAAUAAAACCUCUAUGUACCUAAUCUAAGAAUAAAACCAUGUAAACGGUAAACACUAAAUUGUUCAUGCAAAUAAAUGACUGAAAUUCAAUUUGGAUUUUAUUGUACAUUAAA